AUGCCUGCUUUCACCGCAGCCAAGCUUGACACUCUUGAAAUGGGUACAAGAGCUCAAGAACUCGAACAGAGUAGUGGAAGGAUCAAGAUUUGGGACUUCAAGUUUCUCUCCAUUUACCCCUUUGCCGGUGUUAAGAUGCCUGCUUUCACCGCAGGCAAGCUUGACACUCUUGAAAUGGGUACAAGAGCGCAAGAACUCGAACAGAGUAGUGGAAGGAUCAAGAUUUGGGACUUCAAGUUUCUCUCCAUUUACCCAUUUGCCGGUGUUAAGGUCUCCAUUUUUGCUGACCACUGCAAGUUGUGUUGA